AUGGUUAGAAGGCCAAGUGGAAAAGCAGCAAGAUACAUAGGAGGCCGCUGGGCAGCUAAAGAAGCAGUCAUAAAAGCCUUUUCCGGAACCAGAAGAUUGAUGCUCAGGGAUGUGGAGAUCAGAAAGGAUGCAAAGACCAAACAACCUUUGGCUAUUGUGUGUGAUGAGGGUUGCGAAAGAGAACAGCGAUCUGCAGAAGAGGUGUAUGCGGAUUUGGUGUCGAGAUGGGGAUUGCGCAAGGAGUUGUCGAAACAGCAAAAGGAAGAUGUUGCUGGUGCUGGUGGGGUGGCGUCUACGAAAGGGUUGCGCAUCACAAAGACAUCGAUGAUGGGCAACAAGGAAUCACCUGCUCGGCAAGAACUGCCCACCAGCGAACAUGAAAUUACUCCUGCUCCUACUUCUUCUGCACACACUACUCCUCCAAUCUUGUCGGAAAACGGAAUCCUCGACCUCAACGCCGUCACCCGAGCUCUGGAACAACAAGACUCCAAACCCGCUUUGUCUGCGCCAGCAACCCACUCCCAAGAACAUGCAGAAGAGCAACAGCAGGAACACCGACAAGAAGAACCUCAGCAGGAACAAGCCACAGAAGAGCAGCAAGAUUCAGAUGAACCGCAAAGCGAACAAAGUCGUCUGCGAGAAGAGAUCAAACGUUUGAGGCAAGAGGAACAAGCAGAGGAUGCCUGGAACAAUCUGCAAGGACAGGUUGUCAAGAUUAGCAUUUCGCAUGAUGGAGAGUAUUGUAUCGCUACUGCUUUGGCUGCUGUAUAG